GUGUCUGGUCGCUCGCGCGUAGCAGGUAGCCACCGUCUGGCCACUCUAGCACAUCACCUCGUGUUCACUCGCAAACAAAGAAAAAGUGCAUUUUAAUUGCUGAUUACUGCAUUGCGAUUAGGCAUUCGCGAACAAUUGCGUAUAACUGGCGGAUCAGCGACUUGCAGGGCGCGCGUGGGCAGGAUAAAUACCUAAAUAGAUAGCAGUGUGCGUGCGUGUGGGUGCGUGGUGCGUGCGUCGCAGUUGUGUUGGUUCGUGUCCCCCAGUGUGUGUGUAUUUGUAUUGCCAUUAACUAAUAAACAAUAACCUUCGGGCCACGAAAGCUACGAAAUCGGCACUGCUGUUCCAUCUGAACCAGCGCUACAACAAAACAGAGUAGACUAAAGACCAAAAUAAAACACUUCCGCCCCGCGAGAGGAGCGCCCAGUUUAGGAGCGGAGCAGCGGCGAUCCAUCCGCAUCCACAGCACAAUGGCGGACGUAAGCGAUCCCAGCGAGCUGUUCGACCUGGAACUCCACGACUUGGAGCUGCAGGACGACAAGGCCCGGGAUUCCGAUGACGACAGGAUCGAACUGGACGACGUUGACCUAGAACCGGAAUUGUGUAUUAAUCUGCACCAAGACACUGAGGGCCAGGAGACCAUACAGCUCUGCGAGGAGAAUGUCAAUCCAGGCAAAAUUAAGCUGGGACCCAAGGACUUUGAGCUCAAGAAGGUCCUCGGCAAAGGUGGCUACGGCAAAGUAUUUCAGGUGCGCAAAACCGCUGGACGAGAUGCCAAUAAAUAUUUUGCCAUGAAGGUGCUCAAGAAGGCAUCCAUUGUGACCAAUCAAAAGGACACAGCGCACACACGCGCCGAGCGCAACAUACUCGAGGCAGUCAAGCAUCCCUUCAUAGUGGAGCUGGUCUAUGCCUUUCAGACAGACGGAAAGCUUUACCUUAUACUUGAAUAUCUGAGCGGCGGCGAGCUAUUCAUGCAUUUGGAGCGCGAGGGCAUCUUCUUGGAGGAUACCACAUGCUUCUAUCUAAGCGAAAUCAUUUUGGCCCUGGGCCAUCUACAUAAACUGGGUAUCAUCUAUCGCGAUCUGAAGCCCGAGAACAUACUGCUCGAUGCACAGGGACAUGUAAAGCUCACCGACUUCGGUCUGUGCAAGGAGCACAUACAAGAGGGUAUUGUCACCCACACCUUCUGCGGCACAAUUGAGUACAUGGCACCUGAAAUCUUGACCAGAAGUGGCCAUGGCAAAGCAGUCGACUGGUGGUCACUGGGCGCUCUCAUGUUCGACAUGCUCACAGGAGUCCCACCCUUCACCGCCGAGAACCGAAAGAAGACCAUCGAGACCAUUCUGAAAGCCAAGCUCAAUCUGCCAGCCUACCUCACACCCGAAGCCAGGGAUCUGGUGCGUCGUCUGAUGAAGCGUCAGGAGCCCCAGCGCCUUGGCAGCGGUCCCGAGGAUGCGGCGGCUGUGCAAAUACAUCCGUUCUUCAAGCACGUCAACUGGGACGAUGUGCUUGCCAGACGCCUCGAACCGCCUAUAAAACCGCUCUUGAGAAGCGAAGACGAUGUCUCACAGUUCGACACGAGAUUCACAAGACAAAUUCCAGUGGACUCACCUGAUGAUACGACGCUGAGCGAAAGUGCCAAUUUAAUUUUCCAAGGCUUCACCUACGUAGCGCCCUCGAUACUGGAGGACAUGCAUCGGGCCAACCGGAUGCCGGCACGCUCCCCACGACGUACACCUCGCCAGCUGCCGGACAGCAGCUUCCGGCUACAGUUCCCAUCGGCCAAUGUGGGAGCCAAUGCCCCGAUGUCCAUGCACGGCCAUCCGCAGCGAUCCGGGAUGUUUGCCCGGGCCACGCCCCCUCACCAUAUGCAGACGUUUGCGCCACGUCCCUCGCCGGCGCAGGACGAAAUGAUGGACGUGCAGCAGGGUCUGCCGAUGGUCUAAAGGCUGGAGCGCUACCUUCCCAACCCAUCCCAUCCCAUCCCGUCCCGUCACACUACCACAACCACGCCCACCACCUUCCCCUUCUUCCCAUCCAAAAAUCAGAAAUUGACAGUUACUAUUAUGACGUAUGUGGAGUGUGGACU